UGCUCGGCGGCAUGGUGCUUAGUUUGUGUAUCUGUGUAACGUGUGUGGCUAAAAAGGUUUAAUAACAUGAGUUCUCAGAGAGGUAAUACAUCUCGAUCGCGGGGCCAGAAGCAUCAAAACACAACUGCGUUUAAAAACGACAAGUACGGAGCGACUACACAAGUGAAGAAGGCAAAUUCAAAGAUCCAUGAUGGGCUUUGUCAACGCUGUAAAGGUGUUCUUGAGUGGAAAGUUAAGUACAACAAAUACAAGCCACUAACACAGCCUAGAAAAUGUGUCAAGUGCUCCCAAAAGACAAUAAAAGAUGCGUAUCACAUCAUUUGUAAGCCCUGCUCUCUUCAGCAAGAGAUCUGCUGCAAGUGUGGGAAGAAGGAGGAGAUUGUUAUUCCGGUGAACUCACAUCUGGAGCAAAACGAGCAAGAAGUUGAUGAACAGAGAAAGAAGGGAUGUCGACGAAGGAAGACAGACAUGGAUGGUUUGGACAGUGAUGAUGAUUAUGAUGAUGAUGAAGAUGACUUUGAUGACUGUGAAGAGGAGGAAGAUAAAGAUUUAGACGAGGACUCUGCAGCAAAAAAGCCACAGAGAAAAUCUGCUGUGCUGCCGGACCUGUCGCCAAUCAAUAUUGAAGAUUAAACACAAUAAGAGUUCUUUUCAAACCUGUGUAACAAAUGGGAUUUUUUGGGGCAAAAUACAGUAUCGGGUUUGUUGCAGAAGCUCUCUUAGAUUAAUAUAUGGCAAUAAGCCGAUGCUGCCUGCUUGAAUGCAGAGCAUGAAAAAGGAAGUCAGGUGGUGAAAUGCACAAAAACUGCCAGAUGACAUCAGAGGGAGCAACGUAAUUUUUCUUUUUAACUGAGUCGGUGUACUUUCUAAAGAAUCUUUAGUUCUGUAAAUUGUUUAAACUGCCAUAAAUAAUGUUUUAUAGCCUUUCAUGCAUUUUGCAAACAUUUUGCAAUAAAUCACACUGGUUAGUAAUGUGUUUGCAGUGUUCAGCUUUAUGCCGCUGCUGAGCAGUUAGUACACCGAGAGAUGUUCCUAAUAUUUUGGCUGUUGAUGUUUAUAGGUUUGGCUAUCAUAAACUGAAAUGUAUCCAAGACGCACUGUAUAUGUUUUUAGUUAAGUAGCACCAAUUAUUGCCGUUUUUUAUUUGAUUUUCUUUUGUUUUAUUUGUGUUUAAAUAUUAAAAUCUUCAGAAUAUCACUGAUUCUUCUAAAAUGUACAAUCACAUAAAUGUAAUACAGCAGUUUUUCCUCAGACUAACUUUAGAAACACUGAAAAUCUUGAUGUUGCUGAAUUUGAAAGGAGGAUAUCUUGAACAUUUUGAUUACAACUCACAUUAGUAAACUCACAAAUUAUGAAAGGCUCUUGGUGUGAGGAAAGCUAGAACCUCUACUACACAUUUAAACAUUUAUCAUAUUCUAUACAAACAUUCACCAGUGUCAUCUGCUUUUUGUACAUACACUCAUGAGACACUUUAUUACGUAUAUCUCGUCAGCACUGAGUUGGACCCCUUACGCUGGAAACAUUCCCCAAAGAUUUUGGUCCAUACUGGCCUGAUGGCUGCAGAUUUUUCAGCUACAAAUCUAUGUGAUGAAUCUCCCGUUUCACCACAUCCCAGAGCUGCUCUACGGGAUUGAAAUCUGCUGAUAAGUUAAGCCAAUUUGAGUGCAGUGAACUCGUCAUUUGCCAAAACAUAGUAUGCCAAAAAGAUACCUCUGUUACACCAACAACGACCAGAAAUGUUGAUCUAAGGCAGAAUGGUUGCAUGCUUUCAUAUUGUCUGUGCCAAGUAUCACCCUACUGUCUGAAUGUUGCAGAAGAAAUGAAUCAUCAAACAAGGGAACAUUUUUCCAAUCUUCUAUUGUUCAAUUUUGGCGGCUCUAAGCAAUUUAUAUCCUCAGUGUCCUGUUUUUACAGGCACUGGGUGUGGACUUCUAUUGCUGUAGACCAUCUGUUUCAAGGUUGAACAUGUUAUGCGUUCAGAGAUGUCCUUCUGCAUACCUCAGGUUGUAAUAAAUUGUUAUUUGUUGCCUUCCUAUCUGAUUGGUUUUGCAGGAAAAUCCCAGCAGAUCAGUAGUUUCUGGAACACUCAGACCAGCCUAUCUGGGACCAACAACCAUGCCAUGUUCAGAGUCGCUUAAAUCGACGUUCUUUCCGUUUCUAAUGCUCGGUUUGAACGUCAGCAAGUUGUCUUGACCACGUCUACAUGCCUAACUGAGUUGGUGUAAUGUGAUUGGCUGGGUAGAUAUUUGUCUUAACGAGUGGUUGCAUUAACAAAAAGGCUCGUAAGUUUGUUUGAUGAGAACUGUUACACAUACACUCAUUUUGUUUCUGUAGUGUGAAAUCUUUAAGCCGACUUUCCGUUACUGAAUAACCUGGAGUUACUUGAAAGCAGGUCUUUUUGUGCGUGCUGGCAUCAUCUAAAAUUAACAUGUGUUGUAAUUUAUCAUGUGGGCUUCAUACAUUUAAAAGCACGUGGUGAUGUUUCAAAUACUAAUUCCUCAUUAAAAAAUGAGUCAUUGUAAUAAAGGAGAAGAGUGGGUGACCACAUCACUGGGCUCCAAGGGUUCCCUUGAAAAUUUGUGUCACAUGCCUUUGUUCUGCUUAUAUACUCAUGACUGAGAAUUUAAAAAAAAAAAAAAGCCUAAUUUGAUGCUGACACAUAAUUUUUUCCAACUAAAGAGCUUCCAGAAAUACAUUAAUAACUGGAUGAGGUAACAGCAUCAUCAUGAGACCCGCUGAUUUUCAUUUAAGUUUAAUGCAGUGCAAACCAACAAUGCCAGUUCAAGGUUGCCACACAUAAACUCCACAAAGAAGUGGUUGUAUUAAUAAAGGAAGAGAAAUUGAAUAUGUGUUUUUGAAGGUGUAACAUCUAAUAUUUUUAUACUGUUAACCGAUCUGUUGUUGCCUCACAUGUCAUGUUGUCACCGUCUGGCUAGCAGACCGUGGGGGUGUAGGGAAGGAGGACCCAGGCGCGGUGCUCUGUGUGUAAACAGUGCGUUUAUUUACAGUGUAUGAAACUA